AUGCAACCCACCCCAAUAGAUCAAAGUCCCCCCAGACAAACUCCGCAGGGUGUGAGUGAACUCCGCGGAAGGUUUGAGGAUAAUGGCAUCAAGACCUCACCCUACUAUCAUCCAUCGGGACCGAGACAUCCGCCAUCACCACCAGCAGCAAAGUUAAGGGAUUUGUUUGGACGGGUUCUCUCACCCAAUGGUACACACAUAGACGGGCAGACGUUCUUCGCCGGUAGCAUAAACCUAGAAGACAGUGACGAAAUGUUGGAGGUCGGACGGCCAUCAAACAAAAAAAUGCAAGACGUGGUCAACCAAAUGCAGCGAAAGACGGAGGAACAUGAAAGACGACAUCAUUAUAAAUCUAUCUUCGAACAUGCUCAGCUCUAUCAGGUUUACGAUGCUUUGUUUCAACGCAAGGAGUCGAAGCGGCUGAGACAUCGUUUUCGAGAGUCUAUUCGCAAGCGACUGGCUGCACGCAAAGCUCAAGCUGGAAGGCUGCCACUGGAGGACUCACCAAACGACUUCCGUAUCCUGAGAGAUAUGGAGAAUGAUGAGGAAAGCAGUGAUGACGAAGACAGCAAUGAUGAGCGGACCGGUUUGGACUCACCGCAUACCUCCUUUGGCAAGGGGGACGCCCAGACACCGGCGCCGUCCACCCCGUCGUACAGGGUGACACCACGUGAGAGCAAGAACAGCGUCACUAAGGUGACCCCGACUGCCAAGUACGGGGCGAUGCGUGACGUGGCAAAGAAUUUUGCCGGUAGUGGACCCAGUCGAGCCCGCUUUGAGAUUCUCACCUCGGAGGCUUCUUACUUCAAGAGUCUGACUGUGCUGGUCGAUUUCUUCUACAAAGCUCCCAUUUUUACACCCGGCACGCCAAAUGCCAUAGUGACGGCAGUUGAAAAACAUCAUCUCUUCUCCAAUAUCUUAGACAUUCACGUCACGAGUGAAAAGUACGUCAUUCAUCAUCAUCCUCCAGUCUUUUUCUUUAUGAAAAUCACCGAUUUUCUGCUAGUAAAUACCUCAGUACGGAAAGUAUUUGUUUGGAGUCUUAGAAAUUAUGACGGAACCAAGGUUGUAAUUGUCCUUUCUAGUUAG